AUGGAUACCUUUCCCUAUUCGCCGCCAAGUUACAAUAUUCGACAUGGCAACGAUCGAUCCGCUUACGAAUACUUCACGAGCGAGCAAGAGCGCCAUGCACUGGGCGUGCCUAAGAAACGAAAGCUCUGCGAUCUUUCAGAGGUCGCGGCACUACUUCUGAGCAUCUGCUGUAGCAUCACGGCCCUCAUAUGUUGCUUUCAUCAUGCAACCGCCGCGAACCUCGGACAGAAGUACCAACUGAUCAUCGUUGGCUUGAUGUUAUCCAUCAUGGACCUCUGCACAAGCAAGCUUUCGACCACCGUGUUUCUUCAACUUGAGACACGAUGGGCUAGUCUCUUGCAGAACUACGAUGUCAUUGUAAAAAAAAGUGUUUUGGGUAGUCUGCUCAAUAUGCGUCGAGGGUCUCAGCGGUGGACAAUUCUCUUGUCUGCCUCUCUUGCAUUCCCGUUGCUUCUGAGUGUCGGCUAUAAAGCAUUCGUUGGAGGGACGAUCACAAAUCAGGUAUUUGCGAGUGGUGGCGAAUAUGGACUCACUGGUCCUGUUAGCCUCGCCAGGUUUUCUGCUGGCUCUUCUCUUAUGGUCAACGCGACUAUCCCCUUGAUGUUCAACAAUUUGACCAAACUUCCCUUCCGCCCCCAGCCUUUCGGGUUCAACAUGCUGGUGCUUCCCAACAAGUCUAUCACAGUUGCGAUGUUGGACGGACCGAGCCCGUCCUACAUAAAUACGAUACGAUCGGAGCUCAAGGGACAACAGUAUUAUACAGUGACGGCCGAUGUCAACGGCUUAGCAUGGCAUCUUGACAAUGAAGCUGACCAGCAUCGUGACGAUGAAGAGUGUUGGGAUAAGCUUUACAAGGCAAGUGAUGAUGAUUCUCUAAACCAAAUAUCUCUUUACAAGUGGAAGAAAUGGUUAUCAACACUGUGGCCUCAGGGGCAAGUCAAGCAAUUCUUUAUCCUUCUCACCCCUCACGAGUCAGACCGUAAGGCCAAACCUUCAAAGGAACGAUUUCGUAAGGAGGCCUUGUAUUUUACAAGCCAACAACUACACUGCAAUGGAAAAUGGAAAAUCACACGGAGCUCAGUUGACUUGAUCGAUGGAAGUUGCGACGGUGGUAGCUUUGAUAAAGCAUUCCCUGAUGGAUGUCGAACACUUCAUCUUAACGACGCUUCAUUCAUACUGGCCGAUUUUGUCGGCGACUUGCUGACAGGUAAGCUUGACGAAUCGUCCCAAAUACGAUUUACAGCUGCGGUUUCUUCCAUGCCUUGGUCUCGACUGACAGCGUACUGUGGCAUUGGAGCUCCAACCAAUGACUUGUCGCCGAAAGACAUGGAAAUGUUCAAGUAUCACAGGCAAGACGAAGCUUGGAAGACUGUUGGUGUUCUAAAGCGCACCCCUGUCUUAGCACUGGUUCUUCUCGCCCAACCCAGCGUUGGCUUGGUUCUAUUGAUUGUCCGCAUCGUGUAUUGCUCGGCACCUGUCUCUGGUGGCUUUGGUCUCAUCAGUGUUUUAGCUGGCCAUGGGCCGAGGAAAGGCAAUAUCUUGACCGGUGCAGGGCUAUCUGGGGAAGUCCAAGAACGCAUUCAGCUUGACUUCAACGUAAAUGGCGAAAGAUGCGAUGAUGGCGCCAAUAGGGUGCAGUUUCAGCUGAGGAGAGCUAGGCACUCUAUGCCCCAAGAUCGGAAGAAGCUUGAGUCUGGAGUCAAGUAUCACUGA